AUGACACUCAAUAUAUGUCUCUGUGCCUUCCUAGUUGACACAAUUAUUCGAAAAGUGGAUAAACAGACAGCAUUGUUAGAUGCUGAUGAUCCUGUGUCCCAACUCCAUAAGUGUGCAUUCUACCUUAAGGAUACAGAAAGAAUGUAUUUGUGCCUUUCUCAGGAAAGAAUAAUCCAGUUUCAAGCCACUCCAUGUCCUAAAGAACCAAAUAAAGAGAUGAUUAAUGACGGAGCAUCUUGGACAAUCAUUAGCACCGACAAAGCAGAAUACACAUUUUAUGAAGGCAUGGGGCCAGUCUAUGCACCAGUGACUCCCGUGCCAGUAGUAGAAAGCCUUCAGCUGAAUGGUGGAGGUGAUGUAGCGAUGUUGGAGCUUACAGGACAGAACUUCACUCCAAACUUAAGAGUUUGGUUUGGAGAUGUGGAAGCCGAAACUAUGUACAG